AAAAGGACAAAACUCCUCGGGAGGCUGGUUUGUUUGUCAGCAGCAGAGAGGAAGAGUCCAAACUCACGUCUCAGUGAGGAAGACUCCAAACUCACAUCUCAGCGAGGAAGACUCCAAACUCACAUCUCAGCGAGGAAGACUCCAAACUCACAUCUCAGAGAGGAAGUAUCCAAACUCACAUCUCAGUGAGGAAGACUCCAAACUCACAUCUCAGCUGGACAGAGAGGAAGACUCCAAACUCACAUCUCAGUGAGGAAGACUCCAAACUCACAUCUCAGCUGGACAGAGAGGAAGACUCCAAACUCACAUCUCAGCUGGACAGAGAGGAAGACUCCAAACUCACAUCUCAGUGAGGAAGACUCCAAACUUACAUAUCAGCUGGACUCAUAACAGAGAGGAAGACUCCAAACUUACAUCUUAGAGAGGAAGACUCCAAACUUACAUCUCAGUCUGGACACAUUCCAGCAGGUGGAGGGAGGUGGGAAACUAACCUGCUGCUUCCUGACUCCACUCUGAUUGACCAAACACGACGUGUGACUGAUCAAUGAGCUGGAUUGCUGCAGCUCUGACCAAGCCUGUUUUCUGGACAGUCAAAGUCUGUCGAUCUCUAUAUAUAGCCUGUUGGUAGAAUCAGAGAGAAUGGUGGACACUUCUGCAUGAGGACAAGUAGGACCUGCUGGAACAAUGAGUAAAAAAUAUGAAUCAGCAAACGUGUCUGAGGUGGAGGAGCACAUUUCUCAAAAGUAUGAAAUCAAGAGGAGACUUGGGAAGGGGCCUCUCCCCCUCCACAGAGACCAUACAAAUUGGUGCUGGGGUUUCUAAACAUGCAGGCCUAUGGCAUCGUAUGGAAGGCAGUGGACAGACAGAGCGGAGAGAUCGUGGCGGUGAAAAAGAUCUUUGAUGCCUUCAGAAACAGGACUGACGCCCAGCGGACAUUCAGAGAAAUCAUGUUCCUUCAGGAGUUUGGUGAUCAUCCCAACAUUGUCAAACUUUUAAAUGUCAUCCGAGCGCAAAACGACAAAGACAUUUACCUCAUAUUUGAAUAUAUGGAUUCUGACCUGCAUGCAGUGAUUAAGAAAGGCAGCCUCCUGAAGGACAUCCAUAAACGUUAUGUGAUGUACCAGCUCUUCAAGGGAGUUAAAUACCUGCAUUCAGGAAACGUUAUCCACCGAGACCAAAAGCCGUCCAACGUGCUGCUGGACACUGACUGUGUGGUCAAGCUGUGUGAUUUCGGCCUGGCCAGAUCACUCAACCAGAUCCAGGAGGACAGUGGGAAUCCUGCGCUGACGGAGUACGUGGCGACGCGGUGGUACAGAGCCCCUGAGAUCCUGCUGGGGUCCACAAGGUACACUAAAGGUGUGGACAUGUGGAGCCUCGGCUGUAUCCUGGGAGAGAUGCUGCUGGGGAAAGCCCUGUUCCCUGGGACAUCCACCAUCAACCAGAUAGAGAAGAUCAUGAUUGCCAUACCUCACCCGAGCCCAGAAGAUGUUCUCGCAAUCAAGUCUGAAUAUGGAUCCUCUGUCAUUCAGAGAAUGUUACUGAAACCACAGGUUUCUCUAGAGGAUCUUCUGAAGCCGUCUGUGCCUCCUGAUGCUCUGGACCUGCUGAGGGGUUUGUUAGUUUUCAACCCAGACAAGCGACUGACUGCAGAGCAAGCACUCCAACACCCAUAUGUGGCCAGGUUCCAUAAUCCAACGAAGGAGCCAGCUUUUUACUACGAUGUAGUGCUGCCAGUGGACGAUGGCAUACAAUUAUCUGUGGUUCAGUACCGCAACAAACUUUAUGAGAUGAUGGUGGAGAGGAGAACCAAUCAGGGGAUGUUGAGACUGAUCCAGCCGAAGGACAGAGAGUGUGUCAGUAGCAGGGAGAGGCCCGGUGUGAAUGAUAAAGUGGAGAAGGGGCCGGUGGCAGUUAAUGGAGAUGGCCAUGGCGACAAUGAGGGGAAACCACCGCAUGAAAAGUCUGAUGAAGAAAAACAAGUGCCUUCGGAGGCGGCCGUUGCCAAACCCGAACCUGUGAAUGUAUCCACCCAGCCGGCUGCGGAGAAGAGUCCAUUAUCAAGCCCAGCCUUAGGGAAACCCACAUAUAAUCCCAUCACACAUGCCCCAAAUGGUUAUGUCAGGAGUCCGGUUGCUCCUCCGCAGUACCAGCACUCCACUGCAGCCAGUAGGAAACCUUUGGGACAGACCAGUAAUGAGAGUGCAACAGCAUCACCAACAGAGGGCGCUAACGCAUCCAUGGACCAGAUUCUCCAGCGUGGCCGCUCAGCCCCUGUGGCUCAUAACCGAUCCUUUUCCUUGACGCUCAACCAAACGCAGAACAACCUGCUGGUGCGUAAGGAUGAGUCACCUUUGACCUCCGGGCUAUCUGUCACAUCGGCACGUCUGAACCAACGCUCCAACCCUCAGGUUCAUGAGGCUCGUCCCCCCGCGCGGUUCAGCAAGAAAGUAUUCCAGAGUCACUGUAACGUGGCAGCUGCCGGUGACCCUCGAGCCAAGCUUGGUAGUUAUUCCCAGGCCUAUGGUACGAUCAACAAGACUGAACUGGACAAUCUGCUUCGAAGUCGUCCUUCCAACAAGUGACUGCUGUCGUGCCAGUGGUCACAUAGAGCCUGGGGGACAUGUGUCUAAACACACAACACAGUCUGUCUUGUAAUAGGAUGAUAGAGGCGUGAGGUAAACUGGAAGAAAUGUUGUAAGGAGAAACUGUUAUUAGGUCAAACACAUCUUGUGUACUGUGAGUGUAACCAUGGAUUUUCAUUCUCUGUCUGUGACAGUGAAUACAUAUUUGUACAAUCCACUAUGACUUCAGGCUACAUUAAUCAAACUGUACCAGGAGUAAAUUUAAUUAUGCAAAUUUCGUUCGUUUUAUAAGUAGUUUGACCCAGCAGCUUUUCUGAUAAGACCCUGAGGGAAUGAUUUCCAUUGAGUGUCUUAUGAUGAUAUCAUUGAACAAAAUGAACAAGCACAACUUUAACACAGUAUCAGCUGAAAUGUUGCCUGGUCUACCUGACUGUAAAAGAGACCAUGUGUCAAAAGUCACAUUUACAUUAAGUCAGUGAGUUUAAGAUGCACACAGAAUAGCUGUAAAAUACACAAAUUGUUGUUUGAAUUGAUUUUAUACUGCAAGCAAUUACAUUCGUGUGUAUGUGUGUAUAUAUAUAUAUUAUUUUUUUUUGUAUAUAUAAACACAUCUAUAACCUUCUGUUAAAAGUCAAAGUCCUUGCACUCUAAAUUAAAAAAAAAGUAUGGAUGUUCUAUACUACUACUAUAACACUGGUACUCCUGCUGCGGCCCUGCCCUGAGUGUUAAUACUGAUGCAACAAUGUGCAAGCAGCUUUUUACUAAUGUAGUUUGUCAACAUGGAGCCAGUUCAGCUUCUUCAGAAGCAGUUUAGUUAAUCUGAAGUGUUGGGAGAUGAUUCCUUUGAGAGGAAGGAAAAAAAUAAAAAGUUUUGCUGUAA